UAAUAAUCCCUUUGGGCCCGCCUCCGCCUCCUCCUUAGGCCUCUUUAGUGAUCCCCGCCCUCGCUUAGGGCUCAGAGGCGGGACAGAAGAGGAGGCUGGGCCGGCUCCUGCGUCAGGCGACGAGGCCCCAGCCACGACGAAGAGGAGGAGGAGGCUCUUCCUCCCGAGGGGCGCCACAGGGGACCCCAGCCUUGGGGAAGGCCUGGACCUGCUGGGGCUGGGCCCAGUCGCUUGGCUAUGGGCGAGGAGGAGGAGGGCGCUGUUUAUGGGGCACGAGCACCUUCGUCGAAGGAGUGACCUCAUCUCCAGGCUUUUCGGGGGGAUGGAAGUUUCGUUCAAAACGACAAAGAGCGCCCGAGUGCCAUAGGUCUGUCCUCACUUGACAAAUGGUGGAACUAAAGAAGGAGUAGCUUUUGGCACAAAGUAUAGAUGUACACCUGAGAGGGCGGGAUUACCACCAAAAGCGACUCAGCUCUUGAACUUUCCAUGUUGUGGCUCUGUGCAGGUGCAAGACCUAAUUGUGUGAGGGCACAGGUGACCACUCAAAGAACCAGUUACAGGUUUGCAACAGGACCUGGUUUUUCCCAUCUUAAAUGUGAGGGUUUCCCCAUAACAUUUGGAAUCAAAUUAUCGUUGGCAACCUACAUGUAGCCAGGCUUGGUUGGUUGCCAUGAUGACAGGUUGUGUCCAACUAUGAUGAUCCUAAAGCGCGCCUAUCGUGGGUUUUUCUUGGCAAGAUUUGUUCAGAGAACAUCUGGUCCUUUUACUUUCUUCUGAGGCUGAAAGAGUGUAACUUGGCCAAGGUGCAUGGACUAACAAAGGCAGAUAAUGAACUUCAUAUCAGGAAUUACAUCUUUGUAAGAAGCCCAGUUCUAUAUUGAUAGUGUGAUGAAUAUGCCAUUGCAUCGUAUUUCUGUAAUUCCAGCCCGGGAUGUUACUUUUUCCAGAGUAUCUAAGAGCAAAGCUAAAGGGAAAGAACAGACUGGCAGUUCAGCCUCUAUUUCUGCUCCUCGUAGUUUCUCUCAGACAUCUGUCACACCAACCAGUCAGGACAUCUGCAGUUCCAGUGCAGUGUAUUCUGAAUGUUGUCAUCACAGUCCAGUGCAAUCUGCUGUUGUCUUGAAAAAUCCUGUCUGCCAGAAUUCUUUGACUCAAGGGUCCACUGUGACAAUAAUCUGUCAGAAUACGGUGCAGGCUUCCAAGAAAGACCUCCAUGAGCAUGAUUGUGUCCAUGGUCUCAAGUCUAAGAAUGGAAAAACUACCCAAGCUCUGAAAUUCUCCAAGUCUCUCAGUGAUAUGGACCAGAAGGCUCAGAGCACAACUCAAAGCUUUAGCUACGUGGAACGAACAUGUUCAGAAGGCAAACUGACACAAACUCAGGAGCAGUGUUUAAGGCUUAACACAUUUUAUCACAAAGAGAAGAAACCGUUCAACCUCAGGCCCUUUACUUUUAAUAAUUCCAAACUCUCCUAUUUCCAGUCACUUUCUACAAAUUACUUGAGCACUUCUGGGGCUAGUGCUAUCCACAGUGCAGUACACGUUCCUCUCCUGGAGGACAAGUGUGACAGCGAAUUGUCCCGAAGUAAAAAACUGCUGCACUGCCUUUUCUCCUUCUCUCAUAGCUCCAGUGUAAGCAGUCAUGAAUUGGAUAACUACUCAAGCUGCCUCCAACCAAAGAAAUCACCCAGUGUGAUAGUAGAGAGCACAGGUUUCUGUUCAGAUGACAUGGGAGAUGAUGAUGUCUUUGAGGACAGUUCCUCUGUGAGACUGAAAAUUGCAGAGCUGCGGGCACCACUUUGUUCAGUUGAAAAGGAUAGUGACCUAGACUCUCCUUCUCCUUUGUCAGAAAAAUUUUCCCCACUCUCCCCCGUAUCCAUAUCUGGGGAUGCUUGCAGGAUAUGCCAUUGUGAAGGAGAUGAUGAGAGCCCUCUAAUCACUCCCUGUCACUGCACAGGAAGUCUUAAUUUUGUGCACCAGGCUUGUCUGCAGCAGUGGAUCAAAAGCUCAGACACUCGUUGCUGUGAACUCUGCAAAUAUGAAUUCAUCAUGGAGACCAAACUGAAACCAUUGAGAAAAUGGGAGAAAUUGCAGAUGACUCCUAGUGAGCGAAGGAAGAUCAUGUGCUCUGUCACUUUCCAUGUGAUUGCUAUCACUUGUGUGGUGUGGUCUCUCUAUGUCCUCAUAGAUCGUACUGCUGAAGAGAUUAAACAAGGGGAAUCCACUGGUAUUUUAGAGUGGCCGUUUUGGACGAAACUAGUUGUUGUUGCCAUUGGUUUCACUGGAGGAAUUCUUUUCAUGUACGUUCAGUGCAAAGUCUACAUACAGCUUUGGAAAAGACUUAAGGCAUACAACCGUGUAAUAUAUGUACAGAACUGUCCAGAAACCAGCAAAAAGAACAUGUUUGAAAAACCAAUGCUAACUGAGUCAAAUCUUGAAAAUACAGAUAUCCUUGCAAGUCAUCUUGCAGAAACUAACAGUUCACAUUAUGUAGAGCCUGAAGACUCCAGGGCAAACAUUUUGCAUAUCUGACAUACUCUUCUUUUUUCCCUCUCUUUCUAUGAAGAUCUGCACCAGCAUUGUUCUCAACCAUUUAAAAUCAGCCAAGAUUGAGCUGGUGGAUUUUCUAAAAUUUUACUAAACGCAUUAAGAUUACUGAGGCUGCAAAUCUCAAGAUGACCUACAGAGAGGAGUACAAGAUUGAUUAUACAAUAUGUAAAUGAGGUGGAAACUUUAAAGAACAGAUUUUUUUCAAAGCUUGAUCUCCAAUUUUCUAGGGUUAUGAAUUAAUGGAAAUGUCUACUUCCUUUACUGUAUGAGAGACACAUGGAGCUAAAACAUGGAAUUGUGUUUUAGCAGUAUGUGAAUGUUUGUGCUCAUGUGUGUCUGUGUGUGUGCGUGUAAAUAUGAAUGAACUUUCUUCACAAGACUAGUAUAGUAGGGAGAAGCCUCCCCUCCCUCCAUACGUUUGAGACUCUAAGUCCUGUAUAGAUCUAGUAUUACCACAACAAUUUGCUAAAAUGUGAGACUUUGCUUCAUGUUGUGCAAAAGCAUAGAGCACUUUUAAUCAUUUUUAUUUUAUAAUAAAUUUUAAAGAAUCUUG